GGGUCUGCAGGAUUUAUUUUUAUUUUCUUGGCAAGAGAGAUAGAAUCCUGAAAAAUGGAGUGUGCUGAGCAAAUCCAAGCUCAGAUGAUUAUAGUUAUUCAUCCUGGAUCGCUGAAUUUAAGAAUGGGUCGAGCAUCAGAUCUCAAUCCCCAUAGAACACUUCAUGCUGUAGCUAGGAGGAGGAAACCUGGCGGACAAGUCCAUCAUGAUACCAUCCUUCCUAAGAUUUUACCAAAGAAUAAAGAUUUGCUCCAGGAACUGGAAGAUUGUCGCUUAGCUGUAUCUCAUACGCUGCAAUCUUGCCUCCAGUCAAAUGGGAGGAGACGGUAUGCAACCCCUCCACAGCAAAUAUCUGCAUUCAAUCGACGCUCGACACCAGAGACUCUUCCAGAUUCCUCCAUACAGGCUUGGUAUCAGCCAAUGUGGGAUACAGUAUUUGGUGACAAUGUCCUCAAUCUCGAUCCCAAUGGGGAUUUUAAUUUGCAUUUCCCCAUGAGACGUGGAGAAUUGAAUGUCCACAGUGGUCUUGGUGGUUCACUCUCUUCUGUCCUCACAGAUUUACAGGCCAUUUGGGAACAUGUCCUUUUAGCCACAAUGGAAAUCAAGACGACAGAUUUGUCAGCAUACAAAUGCGUCUUGGUCAUUCCAGAUAUUUACAAUAGGGCCUAUCUGAGGGAACUUGUAACACUCCUCCUCUGUCGUAUUGGCUUUGGUUCUUGCUUUCUUGUGCAGGAUCAUGUGGCAGCUACUUUUGGAGCUGGCUUGGGGUAUGCAUGUGUUGUGGAUGUAGGUGAUCAAAAGACUUCGGUUUCAUGCGUGGAGGAUGCAAUUUCUCAUCCCAAUACUCGGGUUCGUUUGGAAUAUGGAGGAGGUGAUGUUACCCAGACUUUCUACUGGCUCCUCCAGAAAUGUGCAUUUCCCUACAAGACCUGCAAGGACAUCCUACCACAAGAUGCUGUACUACUGAAAAAGCUCAAAGAGGAUUUUUGUCAUGUGAAUCUGGACAUUUGUGGAUCGGAGGAGAAACAUUUUGAUGUUAUGCAGCCAGGGAAGGCUUUUGGUCAGAGAUUUACUCUUCAAGUUGGUGAUGAGGCAAUUGUAGCUCCACUGAGUCUCUUUCAUACUGAACUCCUCAAUCUCACGGGUACCACAAAAUUGGCCAAAACCCAAAUUCCCUGGACGAAACAAUCUGAUCCUGAAGACUGCUUCGAUGCUGAGUAUCUCAAGGAGACAAGUAGACGUGGAGCUAAGGAACAACUUGAACAAUCCGCUCCAGAAUUUCUUCAUACUGAGAAUCCAGAUGAGGAAAUUGUUGUGGAUGAAGAGAAGGAGAAUUACAAACAAAUUGAGAGGGAAUUUGUUGUGCCAGGUGGACAAAUCAUUGGUCUAGAUCAGGCUGUUCUGCAGAGUAUUGAGAGAUGUCCCAAUGAUGAGCUCAAGAGGAAGAUGUAUGGAUGCAUCUUAGUUGUAGGGGGUGGAAUGAAGUUUCAGGGUAUUGGAAAGUGGCUGCAGAAUCGUGUUGCUCUCCAAAUACCCUAUCUCUAUCGCUCUGAACAGCUGGAUAUUGUCACGAGCCCUAAGGAUAUGGAUCCAGCAAUGACGGCAUGGAAAGGUGCUUCGGUUCUCUCAUGCUUGGAGAGUGCAUCUGAAUUGUGGAUCACACAGCAGGAAUGGAAGAAGCAUGGACUGAGGAUUUUGCGGGAAAAGGCUCCUUUUGUGUGGUAAUUACUAUUUUAGGAUUUGCUAAAUAACGCAAUCCUUAACUUCUUCAAGAUUAGUAUUCUUUAAUUUCUAGAUAAAUCUUCUUUGUACGUCGUGUGAAUAAUUUUGUAAAAUAAAUUGAUUUUUUUUAA